AUGGAGGACUCGGACUCGGCCGCAAAGCAGCUGGGCCUGGCCGAGGCGGCGGCGGUGGCGGCCGCGGCCGCUGUAGCGGCGGCGGCCGCGGCCGCAGCUGAAGGCGAGGCGGAGGAGCCAGUGUUAAGCAGAGACGAGGACUCGGAGGAGGACGCGGAUUCUGAAGCUGAGCGCGAGACGCGGCGGGUCACGGCAGUGGCGGUGAUGGCGGCCGAGUCGGGGCACAUGGACAUGGGCGCCGAGGCCCUGCCAGGCCCCGAUGAGGCUGCCGCGGCUGCAGCCUUCGCAGAAGUGACCACAGUGACAGUGGCAAACGUGGGGGCCUCUGCAGACAACGUCUUCACUACAUCAGUGGCGAAUGCCGCAUCAAUAUCAGGACACGUCCUGUCUGGUAGAACAGCCCUUCAGAUCGGGGACAGCCUGAACACUGAGAAAGCCACACUGAUCGUCGUCCACACGGAUGGGAGCAUUGUGGAGACCACCGGGCUGAAGGGCCCAGCAGCACCUCUCACUCCAGGUCCUCAGUCCCCUCCAACCCCAUUAGCACCUGGCCAGGAGAAAGGUGGCACCAAGUACAACUGGGACCCCUCAGUAUAUGACAGUGAGCUGCCCGUGCGCUGCCGGAACAUCAGCGGCACUCUCUACAAGAGCAGGCUUGGCUCAGGUGGCCGGGGGCGGUGCAUCAAGCAGGGGGAGAACUGGUACAGCCCAACUGAGUUUGAAGCCAUGGCAGGAAGAGCCAGCAGCAAAGACUGGAAGAGAAGCAUCCGCUAUGCUGGCAGACCUCUGCAGUGCCUCAUCCAGGAUGGGAUUUUGAACCCUCAUGCUGCCUCAUGCACCUGUGCUGCCUGCUGUGAUGACAUGACCCUGAGUGGCCCUGUCAGGCUCUUCGUCCCCUACAAGAGGCGCAAGAAGGAGAAUGAGCUGCCUACAACUCCGGUUAAGAAAGACUCCCCCAAAAACAUCACGCUGCUUCCUGCCACGGCAGCUACCACCUUCACUGUGACGCCCUCAGGACAGAUCACUACCUCUGGGGCACUGACUUUUGACCGGGCGUCCACUGUAGAGGCCACUGCUGUCAUAUCUGAGAGCCCAGCCCAGGGUGACGUCUUUGCAGGAGCCACAGUACAAGAGGCCAGUGUGCAGCCCCCCUGCAGAGUCGGCCACCCUGAACCGCACUACCCCGGCUAUCAGGACAGCUGUCAGAUUGCCCCGUUCCCAGAAGCUGCGUUGCCCACAUCGCAUCCCAAAAUAGUCCUGACAUCCCUGCCCGCCCUGGCGGUGCCACCCUCCACCCCCACCAAAGCUGUCUCCCCGUCAGUGGUCAAUGGGCUGGAGAUGUCGGAUCAGCGGAGCUGGCUGUACCUGGAAGAGAUGGUCAAUUCCUUGCUCAACACAGCCCAGCAGCUGAAGACAUUGUUCGAACAGGCCAAACAGGCCAGCUCCUGCCGGGACGCUGCCGUGACCCAGGCCAGAAUGCAGGCUGAUGCAGAGCGGAAAGAGCAGUCGUGUGUCAACUGCGGCCGGGAGGCCAUGAGUGAGUGCACUGGCUGCCACAAGGUCAACUACUGCUCCACGUUCUGCCAGCGCAAGGACUGGAAAGACCACCAGCAUGUAUGUGGCCAGUCGCCAGCCGUCACCGUCCAGGCUGAGGAAGUCCAUGUUGAGGAGAGUGUGAUUGAGAAAGUUGCUGUUUGAGCCAGGUCCCUCUCAGCACUACUGUGAGACUGUCACAGGCCAAAGCCUCCCUCUGCCCCAACAACUGUGGGGGCUGCUGUGAAGAGGGGCUAUGGGAAGGUUAGAAACUUGCCGGACAAGUUAUUUACAAACUGAGCUGCUGUGCACUUGGAAAUGACUCCUACCAGAGACCCUGGGGAACGCUGGUGGCACUGUAGGACGGGUGCUGUGCCACAGCCCAAGGGCCCUGACCUGUCAAGGUGCUUUCAGAACCCUGAUCAUGGGUGUGCUCUGCGCCACGUGUACAUAUCUGUUGAAUCUGUUAAUAUAGUUGUAAAUAAAGUCCCCACCCCCACCUGGA